AUGGGGCUGAUCAACGAAAGUACCGCUAUCUAUGCUCUUGGUAUCAGCAUGCACGGACGCGGCAAAGAUGCGAUGGUACUGUUGGUGAGCGGCGGAAAGGAAGGUGGAAAAUGGGUGAUUCCUGGUGGCGGCAUUGAGCAGAACGAAUGUGCGGAAGAAGCAGCUCGACGUGAACUGGAAGAAGAAGCUGGCGUGAAAGCGCGAGCGGUGGAAGUGAUAGGACUUUUUCAGGACGAUGAUCGGAAGCAUCGCACCACUGUGUUUCUUAUGGAAGUUGUAGAAGAGCUGAGUGUUUGGCAAGAG